CUCUCUCUCUCUCGUUUGUGAAAGAAAGAAAGAAAAAAACAACAACCAAGCGACGUUUAACAAUCGCGUAAAGUUCGCUAAAACGCGGGUGUCACACACCGGAGCAGGAAUGGGAGACAACGAGUUCUCAGCAGAGCCCAUGGACGAGUCUCUGGUCGACAACAGCGCGGACAAAAUUGACAUGUCGUUAGAUGAGAUCAUCAAGCUGAAUAAAAAGGAGGAGAAAGCGAACAGAGCUGCAAACAGGGCAAGAAGCAGGCGUGUUAUGAACAGGAAUAAUGUCCUGAAGAAGCUUAACCAGACUCCACAGGCACGAAGAGGUCUCAGACGCGGUUCGCUGCAGUAUCAGGGGCCGAGUAGGUCACGUGGGCUGAACAGGAGCAGAGGUUUGGGGAGACAGAGUGGCCUGAGUCCCCUUAACAGACCUGAUGCUAUGACAGGAGAGGAGCAAGAUCAAAGCAUAGACUCGGGUAGAGGUAGAGGCUCGUUCCGUGGGCGAGGAAGAGGGAGAGGAAGAGGACGAGGAGGAAUGAGCAGAGGAGCUUUGGCAGCCAGAGGACAGCGAGGUCCCCAGAGAGGUGGAAGACCGUUUGUCUUAGACAGAGGAUUUGCAGCUAUGAGAGGCACUGGAAAAUUGGAACAAUAUCAAAAAAUAAGAAGUCAGAGGACUACAUCUCCCGGGACAACAUUAACAGUGUCGCUGCCCAACGCCAAGCCUCCACCUGUGACUCCGGUGAGGCCUCAGCGGGGUGGUCCAGUGUUGAGGGGCAGGUCAUCUGACGCAGAGAGCAGCAGACCAACACCCAAAGGCAUCCCUCUGCACUUCAAUUACAAAGCAACCACCAAUCAGACUCAGCUAUCUCUGAAUGAGCGCUUCACUAGUUUGAGGACAAGAGGGCGAGGCCAAAGAAUAUACACAGAAAGGGGGAGGGGUCAAGGAAGAGGUAGAGGAAGAGGAGCAAUGAGCAGAGGAAGAGGAGCAAUGAGCAGAGGAAGAGGAGCAAUAAGCAGAGGAAGAGGAGCAAUGAGCAGAGGAAGAGGUGUGAUGACAGAAGGACCGGCUGUGAGAGGAGGAGGAGGAAGAGGAGGAGCGAGAGGUGGAGGAAGAGGAUCAGGCCGAACUGUUUUUCUCCAGUGAAUCCAGCUGCAAGACCUGAAUGCAGUGAUAUUUUAUACACACUAUAGAUAAAAGGCAGAUGCCUAAGUAGGGCGUGUGCAUCUUGCCAACCAUCGCCUGGAGGAUUGCAUUAUUAUAAUUGGUAUCAUUUUUAUCAUGAGGUUGUGUACAGUGUUCAAAAUUGAAACUAAUGUAUUUUAAAAUUUGCCCUAAUUUUCAAAGCUUGUAUUUGGAUGUUUUAAAAACUGGACAUUACACAGCAAGCCUCAAAAUUCAAAGUGCCUUAACACUUAUUGUAAAUACAGUUUUGUUUACAUUGUUUAUAUUUGGGUGUUGCCAAUUUUACAGAAGUAUUAAAUACAGCAUAAAGUAAA